AUGGCCAUAAACAUUGCACAGGCUACCCAAGACGACCUUCCCGACUUGGCAGAAGUCAACCGGUCAGCUUAUUCCGGCGAGGCGGCCUCGAGGUUCGCACACAAGAAUUGGCGAGAUGAGAAGCACGUGUACGAAUUCUUCAGAGGCAGACUUACCAGUCGCUUUCAGGAUGAAGCGAUGCAGGUACUCAAAGCCGUCGAAGCGGAUACGAAUAAGAUUGUCGGAUUUGCCUGCUUGACCUUGGAGACAGAUAAUGAGGCAGGACCUACUCCGACCGGCAUGAUGUUGCAGAAGAUGCCACCUUCCAUGAACAAAGACUUUAUCGUAGCCGCUGGUACCAAAAUCGAACAACUGCGGGAACACAGGAGAGAUGAGAAACAUUAUUACCUCUCCACCCUUGCCGUUACGCCCGAACGCCAGGGACGGGGCAUUGGCUCACAGCUACUGAAGUAUUGCCUCGAGAUGUCUGACAAGGCCAGCCUCCCAUGCUGGUUGAUCGCGUUUCCUGCAUCGUACCAGAUAUACCUGCGAUUCGGCUUUGAGAAAGUAGACCACCGGGAUAUCGAACUGAAUCAUUGGGAUAGCUACAAGUUCCGGGGUUAUGGCAUCUACCAAAACUACUCCAUGGUGCGAUGA